AUGAUGACUCAUGGAGACCAUCAUUCUGUUAAAUCAGUAAAUCAUCAAGCAAAAAUGUUAACCUUUUGUCUGACUUUCGAGAAUGUUUGCUUCAUUCUUUUUGGUCUUCCUACCAGAACAUUUGAGUUUUUAUUCAAGUACAUGUGUCCACUACUUUCCUUUCUAUCCAAUCUGUUUCUAUCUGUAUCUUUCGCUCUCUUACAAAUCCAUUCUAUUUCUCUGUUUUCAUGGUAUCUAAAUCUGUUUCAUUGUAAUUACUUUCAAAACGGUUACCUAUGCAAAUCAAAUGAAACUUCGAUUAAUUAUAUUUAUAUCCGGACUAAUGCCAGUGCUCAGCAAUCUCUGGAAACUUGUAAGCCACAAUGUCAGAAGUUCAAUAAUGAUAACUUAUGUAUAGACAACACUUGUUGGAGCACUUGUAACGGGGAAUUAGUACCGGAAAAAACGCUUCCAGCUCCAUCGAAUUUGACUCUGAAAGGUGUCCGUGGCCUACAAUGGAAUGAUGUACCAGGUGCUGUCAUGUACUACGUCGGGUAUAGAACUAUGAGCAGCAAAAAGUUUACCAAUGACGAUUUUGUGAUUACGGAGAAGCAGAGCGUCGAUCUGAGCACUUUGACAAACAUCGAUCCAUGCUCCGAGCUCGAAGUUACAGUUGCUGCGUUUUCAGAAGAUGGCAUUGGGAACGAGAGUAAAGAAUUGAAGAUCUCCAGCCCAAAACCAACAGCUAAUCCAAAACUUGACUUGCUGGAAAUGGAAUACUUUAACACCACACUUGUCAGCGAUUUUUACACAGCCAACGCUACAGUUCAUGUAGAAUUCCGCUAUAAAACUGAUCCCUGGUUCCUUGGACAAGACGACCUGGAUGUGAUGCCUUUGUUCCACCUGAUAUCUUGUGUUGACCCUGAUUUAAGUCAAGGAAUCCCAGUUCCAGAUUUUAUGGUCCAUGUGGAAAACAGUACUAUUUCAACAUCAAUUGGGUCCGAUAUGAUGGAGAGAAAGUGUCGUUAUGUUUAUUAUCUUCAGAGUGUGACCAGUAAAAAGUGCAACACAAUGACAGAAAUGCCAUCUCCGCCAUCUUCUGCAUUACAAACAAUUCAAGUUGACUGCGACAUUGUGAAAAACGCUCCAUGCUUCAAAGUUCCCAGCUACCCGUCGCCGAUUUGUGGAAUGGUGGACAAUGUUGCGUUUUCUGUUGUUGCUAGAGAUCGUGAAAAUCUGAACGACCCAGCUUCGAAUUUAACUGUAAAUGUUACAUUCAAACCAGUCACUAGAACUAAUGAACUACCAACUCUUUAUUAUAUCGGAAUCUAUGGAGCAGCUAUGGAAUUCAAUACCAAAGAGGAAGAAGCUUUUUUGGGUGUUAACAUAACGAACGUUCUUGGAACAGAGACUAGUUGCAAGAGCUUUGAUAGAUCAGGAUCUUGUCUGGCUGAAAAUGUGAACCGAUCAAUUGUAUUGCAAGGAAUCCAUCCUAAAACAUUGUAUGGUAUCACUAUUUGUGCAGUGAAAGAUCUUCGAAAUCUAACUCUUCCUGAUUUGACAAUAGAUUCGAAGUCAGUAAGACCAAGAGCAGCAAAGAUAAUGCUAGUUGAACAUUCUCACUAUUCUUUCUCACUUGUUCCUUAUCAAUUACUAAUUCAACCGGAUGGGUUUUCACACACUAACACAAAUAAGGACAGUGUAAUCUCACGAUCACAAAGACAUCUUGAUUAUGAUUUUAAUAACACCACAGAAUUUGUUGAAAGGAACGAAACUGGGAGUGAAUCAUUUGGAACAAAUGGAACGAAUGGAACAGAUAUUGAAGAAUAUCAAUUGGACAAUUCUACAAUUCUUUUCACUAAUUUUACUACUGAACUAACACCUGAUGAUUUUGAAAACUUCACAACAACCACACCAGCUACGACUACAUCUACUCGUCUCCCACCUUCACCCAAUCAAACAGGAAUGAUUAUCGGAAUCGUGCUGGGAUCUCUCGCUAUUAUUGGAUUGGCUAUCCCUGGAAUUUGGUAUUAUUUCCGAUGGAAGUCUGACAAGAAGCUCAAGUUCAAAAUGGGACAAAUGGGAAAGAGCAACUAUCAUGGAAACCCGUACACGGAUUUCCCAAUUUUCGCUGCCAAUAAAAACGACAUUUGGGAAAUCGAGCGCAGAAACUUGAUAAUUCACAAUGAUAAAAAACUAGGCUCCGGAGCGUUUGGAGCUGUUUAUCUCGGUGGGAAAACUAAUUGGAAGUCAUUAGCUCACAAAGAUGCCAACUCUCCACUCGGUAUUAAUUUAAUGAGAGCUGAGAACUGUCAAGUGGCUGUGAAAAUGCUACCCGAGUAUGCAGACGAAAUGUCAAAACAUGAAUUUUUGAGAGAAAUUGCAUUGAUGAAAACACUAGGAUACCAUGAAAGGCUAGUGAAUAUGUUGGCAUGUGUAACAGAAUCCGAGCCUCUGUGUCUCGUUGUCGAGUAUUGUGACAACGGAGAUUUACUUCAAUUCCUUCGUGAGAGAUGUAAAUACAUGAUGAAAUUGGAUGAUCUUGGAAUCAACUACCACGAUCCUCCCGAAAAUGACAAUUAUGACACGAAUAUGAUUGUGACAUUGAAACAAUUACUCCAGUUCGCAGUUCAAAUCAGUUACGGAUUGGAAUAUUUGUCACAAAAAGGUUUCGUUCAUCGUGACGUCGCCGCCAGAAAUGUAUUGGUUCAUGAGGGAACUGCGUGUAAAAUUGGAGAUUUUGGAUUGUGUCGCUACAUUUAUGCAGAUCAGUCACAAUAUAAGAGCAAGGGAGGUAAACUUCCAUUGAAAUGGAUGUCUCCGGAAGCAAUUCGGCAUUACGAAUUCUCAAUAAAAAGUGAUGUUUGGUCAUUUGGAAUCCUUCUUUUUGAAGUUAUCACUUUGGGUGGCUCACCAUAUCCAGGAAUGCCUCCAGAAGACGUUCUUCCUCAUUUGGAAAGUGGUGGAAGAAUAGAGAAACCGGAUAAUUGUCCGGAGAAUUUCUACGAUGUGAUGAUACAAUGCUGGAGUGCAGAUCCAGAAGAGAGAAUCGAGUUUUCCGACAUCCGAAUGCAGUUAGCAACACAAUUAGAAGAUAUUACAGAGGAUUACAGUUAUCUAAAAUUAGAUGCUGCCAAAGACUAUUACAAUGUACAAUAUGGUGAUGAAAAAGUGAAACCAGAAGUCGUGAUCAUUCCAGACGAAAUAAUCAAACCAUCCAAAAUCAUAAUGGACGAAUUGUCAGUGAAAAACCUAGAAAUCGAGCAUUAA